UCGCUGAGUAUCACUAUAAAGUCUUACGCUGCUGCGCUCUGCCUCUCUCGCAUCGACGUUUUCAUCGCGCAGUAGCAGCUUAGCUUCAUAGAAAACUCAAAAAUGGAGCAGACUUUCAUCAUGAUUAAGCCUGAUGGUGUCCAACGCGGCCUGGUUGGUGAAAUCAUUGGUAGGUUUGAGAAGAAAGGUUUCUCUCUGAAAGGUUUGAAGCUUAUCACUGUUGAUCGUGCUUUUGCUGAAAAGCACUAUGCUGAUUUGUCUUCAAAGCCAUUCUUUAAUGGACUUGUUGAGUACAUUGUUUCUGGCCCUGUUGUGGCAAUGGUGUGGGAAGGAAAGGGUGUGGUUGUAACUGGUAGGAAGAUCAUUGGAGCCACAAACCCCUUGGAGUCUGCUCCGGGCACCAUCCGUGGUGACUUUGCUAUCGACAUUGGGAGGAAUGUCAUCCAUGGUAGUGAUUCAGUUGAGAGUGCGGGGAAGGAAAUUGCCCUUUGGUUCCCAGAAGGUGUUACAGCAUGGAGGAGUGAGCUUCACCCUUGGAUCUACGAGAACUGAUGAUAUUUCUCAGCUUUAGUGAUGGCUUGUCUGUUGUGCUUCCUACUUGAAAGAGUUUCUUAAAGUUGUUGUGUUUUGUUUACUUUCCAAGCAACAGUCUGAGGUUUAAAUCUAUGGCAGAAACAUUAUGCUAGAAUGUGUUGUUAUUUUGCUAUCUCUCUUCAAACAUGCUUUAUAUUUUAAUAAGAAUGAACUAUAAUCUGCAACAA